UCAGUGCAGACGUCGCGCAUGCCGCAUGUGCGCGCCCGUUAGUUUGGGUUCGUGUUUGGGUGCACAGGACACCAGAGAGACUUGAAGGAAAACACACCUGCUCUCUUUUUUCGAGGGCAUGAUGAGAGAGAGAGAGAGGAGGAGGAGGACCAUAGCGAGCACAACGAUGAGCGAACGUGCAGCGUAGGGAUUUUUAGUCAGAAAAAAAAACAGCAAUGGAGAACCAAGCGGCCACGGAGCCGCGAUGCUAUGAGGACGUCCGCAAGAGCGGUUACCUGCGCAAGCCGAAAUCCGCGCACCGGCGUUUCUUCGUGCUCCGUGCGCCUUCUGAGCGCGGCCCUGCCCGCCUCGAGUACUACGAGAGCGAAAAGAAAUUCCGGAGCAAGUCGCCGGUGCCCAAGAAGGUUGUCGACCUGGAUUCGUGCUUUAACAUCAACAAGCGAGCCGACUCCAAAAACAAGCACAUGAUCGUGCUGCACACUCGCGGAGAGAGCUUCGCAGUGGCCGCGGACACAGAGGAGCUGCAGAAUGAGUGGUAUCAGGCCAUGCUGGACCUGCAGUGCAGAAGUAAGACCCCAGACGACUAUGGCAGUGGAGGAGAAUGUGGACUGCUAUCACCUGGCCCUGCUUUUAAGGAAGUAUGGCAGGUGAAGUUAUGGCCCAAAGGCCUAGGGCAGGCAAGGAACCUGAUCGGCAUCUACAGACUCUGCCUUACUGAUAAUACGGUCAACUUUGUUAAACUCAACUCAGAUGCACCUGCUGUAGUGCUCCAACUGAUGAAUGUGCGCCGGUGUGGACAUUCAGAGAACUUUUUCUUUAUAGAAGUGGGCCGUUCAGCCAUGACAGGACCUGGAGAGUUUUGGAUGCAAGUGGAGGAUUCUGUAGUUGCACAGAACAUGCAUGAGACUCUCCUAGAGGCUAUGAAAGCCUUGAGUGAAGAAUUCCGUCAACGGAGCAAAACCCAGGCAGUGGGAACUUCCUGCGGAGGUGGCACAGCCUCUAAUCCUAUAAGUGUGCCGUCACGACGCCACCAUCCAAAUUUGCCACCUUCCCAGGUAGGCUUCUCUAGACGGGCUAGGACAGAGACUCCUGGAGUGCCACACAGCACCAACACAUCGCCCACAUCUCGACAAGGCUUUUCCAGGUCUCGCACAGCCAGUAUUGGUGCACGGACAGAGGAUAGCAGUGGUAGAAUGACUGCUCUCAGCACUAGCCCAAGCCUCAAUGGCUCCUCUUGUUCCACCACCCCUACCCUACGGCCUAAACCCACUAGAGCACCUACCCCAGCUAAGAUCACACUUAGUUUGGCGCCAUAUACCCCUAAAAACCCAGCACCUUCCCCUGCCCCUAGUCUCUCAUCUAGCUCUGGCCAUGGAUCAGAGUGUGGACUGAGUGGAGCUCCAUUAGGUACAGUGCCCAUCUGCACCUAUGCUCGGAUCCCACAGAGAGUGUCCAUGUCAGGCUCUCCGAGUGACUAUGGCUCCUCUGAUGAGUAUGGAUCUAGCCCUGGUGAGCACUCCCUUCUUGCUGCUGGUCUCUCUACUGCAUUAGUAGAUGGCUCUACUAGUUGUAUAUUAGUGGGGCACAGAGACACUACUCACAAGAGAGUACAUGGGCGCCGGAUUCUUCGACACUCCUCCAGCAGAGAGUAUGAAGCUGAGCGUAGGUUACUUAGCAAGCGCACUUCUCUUCCACCUUCCACUGCUCAGGAGCGCAUAGUACCUCAUUGCAGAGAAGAAGAAGAUGAAGAAGAUGAAGACUACGCAGUGAUGUCUCGCAGCACCAGCAGAGAAUCCUUCACCUCUCGUCGAGGCUCAGGAAGCUCAGUAACUCCAAGUGGGCAGGUGGAAACCUCAGCAAAUAAAGGUGUAAAUACAAAGGAAGGUCUGGAGAACACAUCAAUUGACAGUGGUUACAUGUCUAUGCUACCAGGUGUUACAGCCCCUGCAAGUCUGUCUCUUUCAGUAUCUGAAACAGAACCAAAGGGAGGGGAUGAAUACAUGACUAUGACCCCCAACAGCAGUGUUUCACCCCCACAGAACAUCCGCCUUCCUGUCUCUGAAGGCUACAUGAUGAUGUCUCCCCAUAGCAGCUGUUCACCAGAUCUACAUGGCAUGAGUGGGUGCUUGUGGGGUAGCAGGAGCAGCAUGGAGAGUCGAGCAGGUAGUGACUACAUGAACAUGUCACCCAUUAGUGCCAGGUCAGCCUGCAGCACACCCCCUUCACACACAGAACAACAUCCACUACAGCCCAAAACAGUGUACUCCUACUUUUCCCUCCCACGAUCUUACAAACAUACUACCCUCUCUACUCGCUUUGAGGAUAAUCUGGGAGAUGCAAGGAGGCCAGAAGCGAUUUCUAGGGUUGAAAGUGUGUCUGGAAGGAGGACCGGACGUGGUGGUUAUCCGAAUAGAGCGGACUCUUCUUCUGGCCCCAGUGGAGGCGGAAACCUUUCCCUGUCCUCCUCAUCAUUCUCUUCCAGUUCAGCAAGCACGGAGAGCUUGGAGGACAAACCUCUAUCCCUGCCUUCAGGUGGAAUUGGGAAGGCCACCAGGUCAAGCACAGGACACAGGGUAGGGGGUGUUCACCCCAAAGAUUCAGCCCACCAUUUUCACCAGCAGAGACGAGGGGCAGGUGUCCAGAAACAGGGUCAUCCACAGCAACGAAAAGGCAGGCCCUUUAGUCUCUGCGUGGAUAUGUCCAAAGCCAACACUCUACCUAGAGUCAAAGAGACUAUACAGCCAUUGGUACCCCAAAGCUCUGGUGAAUAUGUUAGCAUUGUUUAUCCGGGUGAUCAGGGAAUGUGCAAAAGAGGGGUAACAGGUGUAGAUCAGGGGAGCACUGUGGUUCAAGGGCAUUCAAGAGCUUUAUACCAACCAUCUUCAUGCCAAGUUGGUGGCACCAAUCUGCCCCGCAGUUUCUCAGCACCCCUCUCCACUUCUAUCUCUGUGUCCUCAGAGUAUGUUAACAUGGAUUUGGGCCAUUCAUCAUCUCCUUUGUCCUGCACAUCACUCUCUUCUUUUAAUCCCACCCAAGCAAUAGCUCCAAAAGCAAGAGAGAAUCCCGCAAGGGCUCCUCAAGUGGCACAGGAAGCUGAAAAGGGACAUAGAAAGAAUGGUGUGUCCACCUUGCCCUCUGGAGACAUGACCGGUACCCCUUUCACAGACUACACAGAAAUGGCAUUUGGAAUGGCUAUAGUAGAAAGCCCUUUACAUGGUCCUAAACCUGGGCAAAUUGCUGAGCCCACCUGUAUUGAGCAGGACCAAAGCAUGACUUUCCACUCACCCAAGGCAUUCCCCAAGUUAGACCAAGGUGCCAGACUGGUCAGAGCAGAAUCAUCAGCAAGACGGAGGCAUCGCUCAGACACCUUCAAGACACCUCCAGAACUCUCUAUUUCUCCAUCCUCCUCCUCCUCCUCCUCCUCCAUUUUUGGAGAAACUCCCCAGGCCAAUAUACCUCGAUGCCAUGGGAUAGAGAGUACACUUUGGGCUACUGGGCAGCCAUCUGCUGCACAGUGCACAGGUCCUGGGCUGGCAGCUCUAACUACAGCCCAGGCUUCAUCUUUGUCACUGGAACAAGGUCUAAACUACAUUGACCUUGACUUGGCUGGAAAGGACAAUGCUCAGAUGAACCUAGAUGGAUCUUCUGUGCCACACUUCAAUGUUUUGGGAGAAGGGUUAACAAUGGGAUUAGGUGGAACAGCAGCUGGGGGAAGCAACAAUUCCAGCAUCAACACAUAUGCCAGCAUUGACUUUUUUAAGUCAGAGGAACUAAGAGUUCACCAAAAUACCAGGAAAGACAGCAAAGAGUGCUGAUCGUCCUGCUUGCUGAAGAGGAACAGAAAUGUGUGUGUGUGUGUGUGUUUGUGUGUGUGUAAGAGUGUGAGAGAGCGAAUGUGUGGGUGUGUUGUAUGCAUCUCAGUGUGUGCGAGUCCUAAAGGUGUGGACGCUCACUCUGUAAGAUUUUGUUUCCAUCGGUUACAAUCGGAACAAAAUUUGCCAAAAGACUAUUGGUCAUUACCCAACCAUGAACUCUAAGAUGGACACGUCCUUCAUCCAAUCGGGAAGGAUUAAAGCGACUCUGACUGCCAACCAGGAGCCAAUGAUAUUCCUUCUUUUUUUUCCUUCAUUAUGAAAUUUUAAAAAUAAUUGUAAUACAGAUGCUACGUAGUCUAACGAUAGAUAAGAAACAUAUAUAGUCUACUCUACAUAGUACUACUGAAAGAAGUAUAUAUGACCUUUUUUUCCUUUUUUUUUUUCUAAAAAAAAAAAAGUGCCUCAUUUUUGAUUGUAGCCAUUUUUUCACAGGUCCUAAUGUUCUCUGUGAGAGGAAAGAGCUUUCUGUUUAUUGUCUGUCAGUGUUUCCUUUUCCUGAAAUAGUGUUUGUGUGUGAGAGAGAGAGAGAGAGAGAGAGAGUGAUAGAGUGUGUGAGAGAGAAUAGUAGAAAGAAAUAGAUGAGAGAUGGAUCAAAAGAGCAAAGAGUGAGAUAUAGUUUCGAUAUAGUUUGUAUUAUCUGAUUGCCUUACUGUGUUUGUCAGGUAUGUGUGUGUGUGUGUGUGUGUGUGUUUGCAUCAUCUAUGCUGUGCCAUGCUGUGCCUCUAUACUCAACCCAACAACAGUGAACCAUACAUGAACACAUGCUAAUGUUAACACAUAUUACACACACACACACACACACACACACAACCAUAUACCAAGACCUCAAGCUGUCAUAAACUGCAGUACAAUUCAUAAGCACUGGUGAACACGCAUACUUUUAUCCUCAAUAGCUGCUCUUCUGCUCCUCUGAGCAUGGAGGCACAUCAGCUGACCAGCUCAGAUACCCUGAGUGACUGAAAAAAGAGAUUACUGUGUGUGUGUGUGUGUGUGUGCAAUUGCAGUCUCCAUUUAUAUUUAUUUAUAGUUUUAUAGCCAGGGUAAUUACGUUGUAUUAAACUGCGACAGCUUCGAUUUUAUCGCUUUUACACCUCACACGCAGAUACACUUGCGAGCAUCUACAUGCAGUUCUCAACUGACACAUUCAAGUGCCUCCUCAAUUCAGUGACAGUUAAAGGAAAAACUCCGCCCUGGAAAGUAUAUUUGUAUUCAAAUAAUCGUGACGUGUUUAGCGAUACUGGUGCUCACUCAUUUGGCGUCAUUUCCUCGAGAAGUUAGCGGUUGUGUGCCACACUGAUGUCACAGGGGCACGCUGGUAAUGCUAGCAUAGUUACAAUGCUGUUUAAUUAAAGCAACAACAAAACAGAUUCAGACAUAUGUGAUAAUGGGCAGGUUUUGAUGUUAGCUUCUAAAAAAACAACCCCAAAAAAGCACUCACUUUUUUUUUGUUUUUGUAAAAUUGCAAUGCCAGAUUAAUGAGAAAUCCAGUAUGGAAUUAGUGGAGAGGGAUUAGUGCUGCAAAUAUUAGAGUCAUACACUAUAUAAGAGAAGUCCUCCAUUAUAGAGCGGUCUUGUGAGACGAUCAUUAUGGUGUUGAUGGUUGUUGUAGUAUGUGUUAGUUCAGUGUGUUUCAGGUUCAGAGUGAGCAGAUGAGGAGGUAGAAAAUAAAUGGACAGACUAACGCACCAUCACAUCGUUAUCUUUAGGGAGAGAUGAAAUGAGCCAAAGCCCACGGCACCGUGAGACGAAUACCGUUGUAUGGAAACUGGAUUAAUAUAACAAUUGAAGAAGCUUAUAAAUAAAUAUCAUCUUACAAAAUAAAUACUGAGUGCCAUUGAGAAUCAUGUAUUUAUUAUAAAGAAUAAUAUGCAAGUCAUUCAGGGUGGAGUUUUCCUUAAAGAAAAACACCAGUCUGAUAAACACAAGCUACAGUAGAGAGAAUUACACACUCGCAUCAGCUACAAUCAGACGUCUGAAUUUUUUUUACACUCAGCAGUACACGACAGCAGGACUGUGGUCUUACACAUAUUCUCCCAUACACAAUUUUAUACACAACUGUUUUUACGCACUCAGAUCCGCUGCACAUUUCCGUUCUUUCGGCUACACUAAACGUGUUGUAAUGUAAAAUUCUAAAAGGUGAGGGUGGGGGAUUCCGCCAGAGGGCUUUAAAUGUGAACAGGGUCUUUUUACGAUCAAGAGAUAGCGGUGUCUCUCUAAAACACCACUAACUCCACUUUUUCCUGGAAAAUCUUUUCUAUCAUUGUCACAAAAAUUUUCUUAAUGUUUCUGUUUUUUUUUUUUUUCUCCUUUUAGAUUUUAGAUAUUUAGAGACGGACCGCUCGCCUUUCGACCUACUAAAUUUCGACUGCCUUUAGACUUUUCUAAUCUGUUUUAGUUUGACGGAAAGCUAGAUGUGAUAUCAGUGCCAAGAUUCUCUGUAGUAUUUCUGCAUCAAACAAGCCAAACAUUUCUGCUUUAAUCUUUUUAUUUAUUUAUUUAUUUAUUUAUUUAUUUUUUAUAGAAUUUCUGGCAGUAUAUGAUAAAUUCUAUCAAAUGAAAAGUGAAAAAAAUUACAUUAAAGUGUUAGAGGUGGAGCUACACAAGGUUCUACACUGGAAGGUUGUGAGUUUGGAUCCCAUAAUUGACCCUUACAGAAAGAUCACAUGACGUUCAAGCGAUUCAUCACAUAAUUCCCAUGUGUGUGUUUUUUUUGUCCAUGUGAAUCAUCAAUUUGCACUUUUUUUCAUAUGAUUAAUUUAUUCUCGAUAUACACUAUAUUGCCAAAUGUUUUGGGACACCCCUCCAAAUCAUUGAAUUCAGGGGUGGGACUCAGCCCCUUAGUUCCAGUGAAAGGAACUCUUAAUGUUUCAGCUUCAUACCAAGACAUUUUGGACAAUUUCAUGCUCCCAACUUUGUGGGAACAGUUUGGGGAUGACCCCUUCCUGUUCCAACAUGACUGCACACCAGUGCACAAAGCAAGGUCCAUAAAGGCAUGGAUGAAUGAGUUUGGUGUGGAGGAACUUGACCGGCCUGCACAGAGUCCUGACCUCAACCCGAUAGAACACCUUCGGGAUGAAUUAGAGUGGAAACUGUGAGCAAGACCUUCUCGUCCAACAUCAGUGCCUGACCGCACAAAUGUACUUUUGGAGGAACGGUCAACAAUUCCCAUAAACACAAUCCUAAACCUUGUGGAAAGCCUUCCCAGAAGAGUUGAAGCUGUUAUAGCUGUAAAGGGCGGGACAACUCCAUAUUACAUUCAUGUGCAUGUAAAGGCAGACGUCCCAAAACUUUUGGCAAUAUAGUGUAUUUCACUACUCAUGUAUAUUUAUGUAAAUUACUUGAUUCAUUUAUUUUAAUGUAUCAUUGCUACUUGUACAGUAAGGACUAACUUUUCACAGAGCAAGUGGUUUAAAUUUUCAUAUACCAUUUUCUCUCAUAUAUUAUUGUAUAUUGUUCACAUGUUGAUAGGAGUUGUGCAGAUUCAGGACAUGCUUUUCCCGCCCCUCACAAUAUAUCAAAACUUAUAAUUACAUGUGAGAUGUGUGUGAUUUUUCUGUAAGGGACUUGAGGGAACUCUUUAACCCACUAUUCUUGGAUUAUAUAGAAUAGUUUGCCAAUAAAUACAUGUACUGUAAUGACUCUGAUACAAGGUUAUGUUGACAAAAUGCCAAAUAUAAAUGACAUUGAAUUAUAUUCAAAUAGUUACAGGUUUGUUUUUUUUUUUUUUUUUUUACUACAAGGACCCUCUCUGCCAUCCCUCUAGUUUGUAUCUGAAAUGUAAAGUACCUUCUUCCUUCUACCGCAGAUUAGCAACAGGGCCAGGUGGUGCUGCUACAUGUACACAUGGGGUCAUGUCUUAAAGACCUCCUUUGACCCUUUUUUCCCCUCCCUAUACAUAAGCCUGCUUAGCUCCAUCGCAAGAUUUGGCCGGUGAAACAAACAGAGCAUCUCAACGAGUGUGUAUGUGAUGUGUGUGUGUGUGAGAUCAUGUCUGUCUUUCUUGUUCUCUUUGCUCUUGCGCUGAUGUGUGUGUGUGACCACUGUCUGAUUUGUUUAAUCUCUCUUUUAUUGCCUUAUUGUCUGUAUUAGCUCUUGCACAAACCAUGGCAGCUGUAUAAAAAAAAAAAAAAAAUAGAAAAAGAAAAAAAAAAAGCUUUGCAUCCUAGAACAGUUGGAACUCAGUUCUGUAUUUUAGAACAUUUUUCCAAAUUCUGGCCGAGUCUGCACUCUAGAACAGCUGAGAAUUUGUUUGGAUCUGAAGAUCCUUUAGUCUGGUUGUAUGUAGAAAUUUGUGUGUCUCUGGCCUUUGGUCUGUGAAGCAAAAAACAUGGAUGAGUGUGAUGUAGAAAUAUGGCCAAGGCCGACGUAUUCUCCAGAAAAAAAGGACAUGAUGAUGAUAAUAAUAAUAAUAAUAAUAAUAAUAAUAAUAAUAAUAAUAAUAAUAAUAAUAAUGACUAAAAGCAAAAGAAAGAAAGCCACGGCUUUCUCAAAGCACCUGCCAUUUGUUGGGGAAAAAAAGGGUUUGAUAUGUACAAUCAGGGUUCUGUUUAUUGAGAUUUAUCCUAUUCAUGUAUAUCUGGUACUAAUGAAGAAUCCAAUGACAAUGAUGUAUAAAGAAAACUAAAGAAAGGAUCAAUAGGGUCUGGGGUGUGUACUUGUAUGUAUAAGGGGAAUCAGUCAGGAUUGGGGUGGGUUUGGGGCUUAUAUGGCACGGCUAUGAUAGAAAUUUCUGUUCGGUUCAGAAAUUCCUUCAUGAUUAUUGCCUGUGAUGUAAACAAUGUCUUUUUGUUUAAUGAAAAAAAAAAAAAAAAACGGAAAAGAAAAAUGGAAAUGUGUUGCGGGUCUUUUUUUCCCCCCCGAUGUUGCUGUGGCU